AUGGAUGUAAUGUGUUCAUUUCCACCAGAAAAUCUCAAUGAAUAUGUGCCUCUCAAUAAACAAGUUUUGAACAUGACUACUUUCAACAGUAUUUACUCCUUUAUGAAAGAUGGACAUUAUAGACCACAGAACUGUACAGCUGUACAAAAAGUAGCAAUUGUUGUGCCUUACAGAGAUAGACAAAAACAACUCCAAGUAUUUUUAAAUAAUGUGAUACCAAGAAUACACCAACAACAAUUAGAAUUUGUGAUAUAUGUCAUCGAACAAAAAUCUGGUCUGCCAUUUAAUAGAGGUAUACUGGCAAAUAUUGGAUUCAAAGAGGCCAUGUCUGACAUGGAAUUCGACUGUAUAGUAGUUCACGACGUUGAUGUGUUACCCGAGGAUGACAGAAACUUUUACAUAUGUUCUGACAACCCAAUUCACAUGGCAGUCAAGGUUGAGCAAUUUGGAUACCGGUUACUGUAUGACAAGCUAACAGGCGGAAUAACUACAUUUUCAAAGGAGCAAUUCGAACAAAUAAACGGAUUUUCCAAUCAGUUCUUCGGAUGGGGAGGAGAAGAUGAUGACUUGUAUAGAAGAAUAAAAUUUCACAAGUAUGAAUUGCUCCGACCUUUUGAAGAUUUCGGGAAUUGUGGUAGUGUCAGUCACGUUCCUGCUGAAAAGAGCAAUGAUAGGUAA